GGGGCGUCACGGAGGGGCACUGGGGUGUUCGUUCGGGCCGCUUGUAGGUGUCUAGAAAGGCCACCUCGGAGGACCAAGCCGGGGUGCUGGCGCCGCCGCCGCCGCCAUGUUUGGUUGCUUGGUUGCGGGGAGGCUGGUUCAAACAGUGGCACAGCAAGUAGCAGAGGACAAAUUUGUGUUUAACUUGCCCGACUAUGAGAAUAUCAAUCAUGUGGUGGUCUUUAUGCUGGGGACUGUACCCUUUCCAGAGGGCAUGGGCGGAUCAGUCUACUUUUGCUAUCCUGAUGAGAAUGGUGUACCCGUGUGGCAGCUCCUUGGAUUUGUCACAAAUGAAAAACCAAGUGCCAUCUUUAAAAUAUCUGGUCUAAAAUCUGGUAAAGGCAGUCAGCAUCCAUUUGGAACCAUGACCAUCCCCCAAAUGCCAUCUGUGGCCCAGAUUGGGAUUUCUGUGGAGCUGCUGGAAAUCUUGGCUCAACAGACUCCUGUAGCAAGCGCUGCUGUAUCAUCGGUCAAUUCAUUCACAGAGUUCACUCAAAAGAUGUUAGACAAUUUUUAUAACUUCGCAUCAUCCUUUGCUGUCACUCAGGCCCAAAUGACACCCAACCCAUCAGCAGCUUUUAUUCCUGCAAAUGUAAUUCUGAAAUGGUAUGAGAAUUUCCAAAGACGACUAACUCAAAACCCUUCCUUUUGGAAAACAUAAUCCUGAGUUACUUUUCUGGGAGUUCACUCAAGCAAGCAGAUAAGAGCUUAAAAGAUGCAAUAAGCCGAGCCUGCUAAAGAACAUCUGGAUGAAUUCAUAAGUUUGAGAUGAAGGGAGGGGGAAAAAAAACCCCUCAGCUUUUCUAACACUUCGGGGACUUUGGCUUUAAAAUUAAACCAUAAAGAGUAGUCAUUGCAGCGGUGUCCUGUUUUCCAGUUAAAAACUGUAAACUGAGAAACCUGUGAUGUGUACAGGAAACAUGCUCAAUAAUAUUAACCAGCAUAAACCUUUUGAUUUGGUUUUCCUUUC